GGGCUGUACGAACAUUUUUACUAUACCGCACCUACAAUAUUUUCGAAACAAUGCCAAGGAACAUCCACAAUGACAACAGUAAAUCCAGAGAAGUGAAUCAGUGGGUAUUCAUUGCUUCAGAGAAUGCCGUGUGUGGCCAAGAAGGCGACGAAUUAGAACCUGUGUUCAUAAAGAUUCCACAUCCUCGCACAGGAAACAAUCAGCAGUUUUUGCUCACUCACAGUGGGGAAAAGAUCUUUGAAGUCUUGAAAUUUACUGAAGAACCCAGAUCAUGGUUUAUAGAGGACUCUGUGCAAAAAGAUGGAAGCCUCUUUGUCAUAACUCCAGUGGACCCACUGUUUCUUGUUUUACCAUAUCUCACCAAAUAUUCUCAAAAGUUUAGAACCCUUGAUCAGCUUCUUUUGGAUGACGAGCACCCUCCAAUCUGCAGACUGACUGGUUGUCUUAGCUCUGAUGAGAUUCUUAAUAUCUGCGAUGUUAAGGGUGAUGAUGAUCUUCAAGUGUUCAGGCUCAAUAACGAUAAGACGACAGCCUGGUUGAAAGCAAAGGUUGAACAGACUGCAAAUAGUCUCUCGCUGAGUGGUGUCCAUGUUUCCAAAGGUUCUCAGAGUGCAACAUUUGUAAGGAGUAGACGACACAUAGAUGCCACACGAUCUGACUUUGUGAGAUAUGCAUUUGGGUUGGUAUCUGAAUAUCUGUCCUUGCGGUGGAGUGAAAGACUCAAGGAAUCAUUGGGCAUCACAGAUGAGGCACAGUUAUCAUCUCCAGAAGAACCUCCUACAAAGCGAGCCAAAGUAACUGACGAGAUUCCUGAAGCUACAGAGGAUUAUUCCAAAGAAUUCAGCAAGCUGAAUUCUAAAACUGAAAGUGAUAAGACUGCCACGAAGUUAACAGCAGCACAAAAGUCACUAUCCAAGGUGGAUAAGAAAGGAAUGAAAUCGAUAUCAAGUUUCUUUGGAUGUGCAAGUGGUAAAAAGGCCAAAACGAAAUAGUAAUGUAAUGUAAGUUGUUGCUGUUAGUAGUUGUUUGGAUUCCGUUUUAUAAAAGUGAAUUGUUACCCAAUCACCUUUUUUAGUAAAAACGUUUUUCAAGUA